AUGUUACUGAAUCGUGUUGUAACGUAUGCUGCAGGAUACAUAAUGGCUCAGAUACUGCUCCAUGGCACUCUUCAUGUGACAAUCUACGAAGUUGAUAAGCUUCAUUCGAGUGGUGGCGGAAAUAUAUUCAAAAAGUUGGUGGCUAACAUAGAGGAGACUGUUGGAUUUGGGAAAGGAACUGCCAAAAUUUAUGCAACAAUCGAUCUAGAAAAAGCCAGAGUUGGAAGGACUAGGAAGAUUGAGAAUGAGGUCGAGAACCCAAGGUGGUAUGAGUCCUUCCACAUUUACUGUGCUCAUCUUGCUUCUGAUGUUAUAUUCACUGUCAAAGAUGAUAAUCCCAUUGGUGCAACAUUACUCGGAAGAGCUUAUGUCCCUGUUCGAGAUCUCUUAGAAGGGGAAGAAUUAGACAGAUGGGUUGAAAUCCUGGAUACUAACAAAAAUCCCAUAAGUGCGGGUUCCAAAAUCCAUGUGAAACUACAGUUUUUUGAUGUCACUCAAGACCGAAAUUGGAAUGUCGGGGUCAAAAGCGGAAAAUACCCCGGAGUCCCUUACACAUUCUUCACUCAAAGACAAGGAUGCCGUGUUUCUUUAUACCAAGACGCCCAUGUCCCCGACAAUUUCAUCCCCGAAAUACCCCUCGCUGGUGGAAAAAAUUACGAACCACACAGAUGUUGGGAAGAUGUGUUUGAUGCCAUCACAAAUGCAAAACACUUCAUUUAUAUCACCGGGUGGUCUGUUUACACCGGGAUUACUUUGAUAAGAGAUACAAGAAGGCAAAAGGCGGGAGGUGAUAUCACGCUUGGUGAGCUUCUAAAAACCAAAGCAAGUGAAGGUGUUCGUGUUCUUAUGCUUGUUUGGGACGAUAGAACUUCUGUAGAUGUUUUCAAAAAAGACGGAUUAAUGGCGACUCACGAUGAAGAUACUGAAAACUACUUCCGGGGUAGCGAAGUCCAUUGUGUUUUAUGCCCUCGGAAUCCCGAUGAUGGUGGAAGCUUCAUUCAAGACCUCCAAAUCUCCACCAUGUUCACUCACCACCAGAAAAUUCUUGUGGUGGAUUCUGCAAUGCCGACUCCGGAAUCACAAAACCGGAGAGUUGUAAGCUUUGUUGGCGGAAUCGAUCUUUGCGACGGGCGAUACGAUUCCCCAUUCCAUUCCCUUUUCCGAACUUUGGACACCGCCCACCACGACGAUUUCCACCAACCUAACUACCCCGGUGCUACGAUAACAAAAGGUGGACCCCGCGAGCCGUGGCACGACAUACAUUCGCGACUCGAAGGACCGGUUGCGUGGGACGUGUUAUUUAACUUCGAACAAAGGUGGAAAAAACAAGGCGGGAAGGACGUUUUGGUCAAUUUACGAGAAUUGGACGAAAUUACCCCUCCGUCUCCGAUCAUGUUCCCGGAUGACCAAGAGACAUGGAACGUUCAGGUUUUCCGGUCAAUCGACGGUGGAGCCGCUUUUGGGUUCCCGGACACACCGGAAGAGGCGGCGAAAGCCGGUCUAGUCAGUGGAAAGGACAACAUCAUUGACCGAAGUAUACAAGACGCGUAUAUUCACGCUAUCCGAAGAGCCAAACGCUUCAUCUAUAUAGAAAACCAGUAUUUCCUAGGAAGCUCAUACGGGUGGGAACCCGAUGGCAUUAAAGGAGAAGAUGUUGGUGCUUUACAUUUAAUCCCGAAAGAACUUUCGUUGAAAAUAACGACUAAAAUUGAGGCGGGUGAAAAGUUUACGGUUUAUGUUGUGGUCCCGAUGUGGCCGGAAGGGAUACCGGAAAGUGCUUCGGUUCAAGCUAUAUUGGAUUGGCAAAGGAGGACUAUGGAUAUGAUGUAUAAAGAUAUUAUUCAGGCUCUUCAGGUUCAGGGGCUUGAAGAAGACCCGAGAGAUUAUCUUACGUUUUUUUGCCUUGGGAAUCGUGAGAUGAAACAGGAGGGUGAAUAUGUACCCUCGGAAUCGCCAGACCCGGAUACGGAUUACUUGAAAGCUCAGGAGGCUCGGAGGUUCAUGAUCUAUGUUCAUGCCAAAAUGAUGAUCGUGGAUGACGAAUACAUUAUCAUCGGAUCAGCAAACAUAAACCAGCGAUCCAUGGACGGUGCUCGGGAUACCGAGAUAGCAAUGGGAGCCUACCAGCCUUUCCAUUUAUCGACCCGUGAACCAGCAAGGGGUCAGAUAUAUGGGUUUCGUAUGGCUUUAUGGUACGAACACAUGGGGAUGCUUGAUGAAAGCUUCCAGAACCCAGAAAACAUAAACUGUGUGAAAAAGGUUAAUCAGAUUGCUGAGAAAUAUUGGGAUUUGUUUGCAAGUGAGAAUCUUGAACAGGAUUUGCCAGGUCAUUUGUUGCGAUACCCGAUUGGGGUUGAUAGUGAAGGUAAUGUUACGGAAUUGCCAGGAACGGAGUUUUUUCCGGAUACUAAGGCUCGUGUUCUUGGUGCCAAAUCUGAUUACCUUCCUCCAAUUCUUACAGCCUGAGAAUUUUAUGGUUGGUAUAUAAUAAUAAUAAUAAGGUAUGUUUGCUUUGGAUGUGGUUAAAUGAGGGAAGACUUGGGUUUUCUAGUGGUUUGUAUUGUCUUUUACUUGUUUUCCCUAACUAUGACUUUUAGUUGAUGCAACUUCUAAUAUCUUUGUGAUUCCUGUUAUAUGUAUAAUGUAUGUUAAGUGAGAUAUAUAUGCUUUUAUCUAUAAAAGGAAUCUCAUAAC